AUGGGUCUGCUUCCAAUUAGCAGCAACACGAAGCUUGUUCCAGACGAGCCUGCUCGAACACGUUUUGCGCCUUCUCCUACCGGUUACCUGCAUUUAGGCUCUCUACGCACAGCUUUGUUCAAUUACCUCCUGGCAAAACGUACUGGCGGACAAUUCCUGCUCCGUAUCGAGGACACAGAUCAGAAGAGAACCAUACCGGGUGCGGAGGAAAGGCUGUAUAGCGAUCUGCAAUGGGCUGCUUUAGAAUGGGAUGAAGGUCCUAUCGUUGGCGGUCCUUAUGGUCCAUACAGACAAUCCGAGCGAACAGCUCUCUACCACAAACAUGCAAACGAUCUCGUUCACUCCGGGCAUGCCUAUCGCUGCUUCUGUAGCGCCGGACGACUAGACACCCUUGCCAGGCAGCGCAACCAGGCCGGCCUUCCGCUCGGAUACGAUCGCCAAUGCGUUGACAUACCUGCCGAAGAGGCAGAAGAAAGGGCGGCAAAGGGAGAAAUACAUGUUGUCCGGCUGAAAGCGGACGAGUACCCGAAAUUCAAAGAUUUCGUAAUUGGGACGACAGGACAAAACCAAGAUGGUCAAAAGAAGUUUCUCAAGACAAUAAAUCGUAUUUACGAUGACCCUAUUCUGUUGAAGUCCGAUGGCAAUCCGACAUACCACCUGGCCAAUGUCGUGGAUGACCACCACAUGAAGAUCACUCAUGUCAUCAGAGGAACAGAGUGGUUGGCUUCGACACCCAUGCAUGUCGCACUCUACAAUGCCUUCGAUUGGACGCCGCCCCAAUUCGGCCAUGUGCCUCUUCUUGUCGAUCUGAACGGCCAAAAGCUGAGCAAACGCAACUCAAAUAUUGACAUUUCCUUCUACAGAGACAGCGGUAUCCUGCCUUCUACGCUUCUCAACUAUGCCGCCUUGUUAGGCUGGUCGCAUAACCAGAAGUCAGAAGUCUUUUCUUUGAAAGAUAUGGAAGAGCUUUUCAAUCUGAAGAUCACCAAAGGGAACACUAUCGUCAGCCCCGAAAAAAUGUGGUUCCUUCAAAAAGCACACACAAAGCGAUGUGUAGCUGAGAAUGGCCCCGAGUUCCAGAAAUUGGUGGGCGAUGUCACAGAAGCAGCGGAGGGACGAGGGAAUAUCAGAGCUAACCUGCCUGUUAAGGAGACCGUCACGUCCCUCCUUCGAUAUGAUGGCGGCCAUUUCACUACACCAGCUCAAUUCCUGGACCGCAAUUGGUCCUUCUUCACAUCAUCUUUGGAUCGAACUCCGUAUACAUUAACUCAAAGCGAUCUCGAGAUCGGAGACCCAACACCGCCUCUUGUCGCCCUGCAGACAGUAGCAACAAUUCUAACCCUUGUUCCUGAAAGUCAUUGGAACGUUGAGACCCAUCGGACGAACCUUGACUGUAUUCCAUAUGCAAGCAAGGCAUUCAAGAAAGAGCUCUAUCACUAUCUCCGCUGGGCUCUUCUUGCUGGCGCUCCCGGUCCUGGAAUGCCGCAGAUUAUGGAAGUUCUAGGUAGAGACGAAACGGACUGCGAAUAUGUACAAUAA